GCGCCCCAGUCCUGGGGGUGGCGCUGAGCUCGCCGAGGGAGGGUCGACUGGUGGGCGGCGCCUCUCCGGGCUGGAGGCCGCUCCUGGCCGGCGCCGCCCUCUGUCUCUCGCCGUCCCUCCCUCCUGCACGCCCGCGCUCCGAGCCAGAGCUUCCUGCGUCCCCAUCCCGGUCCCGGAGCCGGCGGUGCGCCUUCUCCGCCGCCGCCUCCCUCGACCGAGACCCCCACCCCGAACCUCCGGCCCUGGGAUCACAGCGCCCCGAAGGAGGCAGCCCGGGGUGGGGGGGGGGUGGGGUACCGGGUCGUGGAGUCCCCGGUCCCCGGCCGCCCGACCGUGACGGAGCUGGACCCGCAGCCGCCCGGACCUCUCGGCCGCAGCUGUCCACACAGGAUGCCUCAAAUUUGCUGGAAACCGUCCCUCGGGAGGUCAGCCGCUGUUUCUUUAGGGCGGCACUAGGGAUUUCGUUCCGUGCAUUGAAGGGGUUUUUGUUGUUCCUGCUGCUGCUGCUGCUGCUGCUGUUCCCAUUUGUUUAUUUUCUUUCUCUGCACCGGGCCUCGCCCCGCUCCCACUGGCAUGAUGGCCCAGUCGAAGGCCAACGGCUCCCACUAUGCACUGACCGCCAUCGGCCUGGGGAUGCUGGUUCUUGGGGUCAUCAUGGCCAUGUGGAACCUGGUGCCUGGGUUCAGCGCCCACGAAAAGCCGACCGCUCAUGGGAACAACAAGACGGAGAUAGGCAGCGGCAUUCUCAAGAGCAAGACCUUCUCCGUGGCCUACGUGCUGGUCGGGGCUGGGGUGAUGCUUCUGCUGCUCUCCAUCUGCCUGAGCAUCCGGGACAAGAGGAAGCAGCGGCAGGGCGAGGAGAUGGCCCAUGUCCAGCACCAGCGGGGGGUCGAGCCGCAUGCCCCGGAGGAAGACAGCCAGGAGGAGGAGGAGGAGGCCUCCUCCAGGUACUACGUCCCCAGUUAUGAGGAAGUGAUGAACACCAACUACUCGGAACCGAGGGAAGUGGACCAGAACCCCAGGAUGAGCAUCUCUCUCCCCUCCUAUGAGUCCUUGACUGGGCCUGACGAAACGAGCCCCACGGCUGCCAGGGCCAACGCAGAGACCAGCCCGGGGCAUCCGCCCGACAGGCAGAACUCCAAGUUGGCCAAACGCCUAAAGCCACUGAAGGUUCGGAGGAUUAAAUCCGAAAAGCUUCACCUUAAAGACUUCAGGAUCAACCUGCCGGACAAGAACGUCCCUCCUCCCUCCAUCGAGCCUCUGACUCCGCCACCACAGUACGACGAAGUCCAGGAGAAGGCUUCUGAUGCCAGGCCACCUGACUGACGGCACCAUUCAGGUGUGUCCCUCCUGUCGCUCACUCUCCACACCACGGACCCCCAGUGAAGCCACUUCAGCUGCAGUGGAGAAGCGGAGGGGCCAAACGUACACACACUGAUGUGGAUGGGGGCAGGGGGUGUGGGGAGGGGCGGGGGGUAUCCGGUCACUAGGGACUGACGGACGUCCGUGGGACCUCACGUGGCAGGUGCACUGGGAGGAGCUUCUGCCUCAGAUCUGGGAUGUGGGCCC